AUGGCUGCUGCUGAUAAUCGCCGCUCCGUUCUCAUCACAGGAUGCUCUCCCGGCGGAAUCGGAAACUCGCUCGCGCGCGAAUUCCACCGAAACGGGCUACGCGUGUUUGCGACAGCACGGGAUGCGAAAACAAUCGAAGAACUGGAGGCAUUGGGAAUCGACACUCUGAGUCUUGUGGUUGAUGAUGAAGAUAGUGUGCGAUUCUGCUAUGAGGAGGUGGAGCGAAGGCUUGGGGAGAAGGGAUUAGAUUAUUUGGUGAAUAAUGCGGGUCGAAGUAUGUACAAUUGGUUCUUGUUCUGGAGGCCAGCACCAUGA